UGUAAAGACGCGACGACGCGUUUGACGAAAGAGGAGACGAAGAUCCAAACGCGGCGCUAAGCUCCGUCCUCGACUCCUCCACCAAAACUAUCCGACAAAGAGAAGGAACCCUAAUUUUUUUACUCAAAUCAUCCCAAAAGAGAAAAACAGACAAGGGGGGGCUUCCAUUUCUAAAUCCUCUCUUUCUUCCUCGCCUCUUCCCCUUUCAUGUCUCCUCAAGUCGCCGACUCUCAUUCAGGGUUGUUGGUGCCUCAAACCCUAGAUUUUUAUUUCGGUUUUGAAACUUCUUUCAUCUCGUUUCCGUUGGAUCUCUCUCUGAAUCAGAUUACUUGUUGUGGGCUGUUGUGCUGCUCUUCAAUUUCUUCUCCCUUGCGUUGUAUGUGCCAAGUAUGAGUGAAAAGAAGGUAUUUGUGUUUGGAUCCUUUACAGAACAUGAAACAAGGUCAUUACUUGAACAGAAACCCAUUAAGGCUCCUCAGAUUCAUAAAGAGAAGUGUGUGGGAAGUAUACAAUUCGGCUCCUUGAAUCUUGUUGCGGAAAAUUCUUCAGUAAAUACUAAUGGCGAGUUGAAGAAAGGUCAGGCUGAUGGGACAGUCAAAUCUCGACCCUCCAGCUCUCAUAAGGAGGGUAAAAGUUUUCAAUCUGCUGAGUCUCAAAAGAGACAUGAUGCUUCUAGACCUUCCAGCUCUGAUAAGUGCAAUGAUAGUGUUCCAAAACUCCCUGGGAAACACUCUUCAGGAGUUCCAGAGCAUGUGGAAGAAAAUGGUACUAUAAAAGAGGUCUCUGACAGAAAAUCUCUCAACAAUGGUGUGGCGAUGAAAAUAGAUCCUACUAGUUUUGAUAACUUGUGUGUGUCAGAUGGUGAAGGUGAUUCUUUAUUUAAAGCUUCGAGCUCAAAAUUCCAAGCUCUGGACAGCGAAAUUUUGUCAAGUGACUCUUCAUCUGGCAGCAUACCAAGAAAGGACAACCAGAUGGUUGCUACUGAGUCCCUUCCGCCCAUUAAAGACUUUACACCAAGAGGAUUAAUAAACGCUGGAAAUUUGUGCUUCCUCAAUGCAACGCUGCAGGCUUUACUCUCGUGUUCUCCUUUUGUGCAGCUCCUCCAGGGAAUACAACUCCAAAAUAUUCCAAAGGCUGAGUCUCCAACGUUAGCUGCAUUUUCCGAGUUCAUCUCUGAAUUAGAUGUGCCAAGCAGUUCAAGCUUCAGAAAUAAUGUUGCCGUUGUUGAGUAUGGUAGACCUUUUACACCUGCCAUGUUUGAGGGAGUACUUAGAAAUUUUACCCCAGAUGUACUCAACAACAUGUCUGGGCGGCCAAGACAGGAAGAUGCUCAGGAGUUUCUGAGUUUUAUUAUGGACCAAAUGCAUGAUGAGUUGCUGAAACUCAGGGAACAAUCCACUUCUUCUAAGUCCUCGGUUGUUUCUUCUGCCAACGAUGAUGAUGAAUGGGAAACAGUUGGACCCAAAAACAAAUCAGCUGUGACUAGGACACAAAGCGUUGUUCCUACUGAGCUCAGCGCUAUAUUCGGCGGGGAGCUUAGAAGCGUAGUGAAGGCACAAGGGAACAAAGAUUCUGCUACGGUACAGCCAUAUCUCUUACUUCACCUUGAUAUUCACCCGGAAGCUGUGACUACAAUAGAAGAUGCAUUGCAUUUGUUUUCUGCCCCAGAAGAUCUUGAAGGGUAUCGAGCCUCGGUUACUGGGAAGGCUGGUGUAGUGAGUGCUAGAAAGUCGAUAAAGAUACAGAAACUCUCAAAGAUAAUGAUUCUGCACCUAAUGCGUUUUAGCUACGGAAGCCAAGGGAGUACUAAGCUGCAUAAACCCGUCCAUUUUCCCCUCGAACUCAACUUAGGCCGCUACCUUCUUGUUUCUCCUUCCAACAAGGGUUUAAAAUAUGAACUUGUGGCGACUGUUACUCACCAUGGAAGGGAUCCCUCAAAAGGACACUACACGACAGAUGCUCGACGAAAGAACGGUCAGUGGCUUAGAUUUGAUGAUGCCUCAGUGACUGCCAUAGGGACAAAACAGGUUUUGCACGACCAAGCGUAUGUCCUCUUUUACAAGCAAGUGUAA